GCCAUGGAAACAUAGCCUCGCGGCCUGGCCCUCAGAGAGAGGCUGCUGGGUGGUGGAAGCUGCAGUGGACAGCUCCCACUGAGGGGUCCGGCGCGGCCGUCGGCCUGCUCACCUCUCAUCCGAGCAGCGGGGAUGGCCCACGUCCCACCUGUGGCUGCUGUGACGGGCAUAAGGGUGGAAAGGGGGCGCCCGGGACAGGACAGCACGGGGUGGGCGGGCCGGGCCCAGAGGGGCAAAGUCCCGAGCCUGGACGCCCUUGGCCCUGAGCCGUGGAGCCGCGGUGGCUGGAGGGAAACCAGGCCCCGCCCGCCCGCGACGUUCCUAAUCGCUGAUGCCUGACUCACCCUCACUUCAAAGCCGGGGCCCCAUUCAGCUAUUUAGCCGCUGCACCCUGCCCGCCCGCCCGCCAGUCACUGGUGGGAGCCGGGCCGCUUGCAGCAGGCGCCUCCUCCCAGCCCGUUCCCACGGGCUGUGCCCGCAGCCAUGGCCGUGCAGGUGCCCCUGUGGUACCACUACCUGCAAGCCCUGCGCUCGCGGGCGGCGUCCCGGGCACAGGAGCACCAGCGCGCCGAGGACGUGGUGCUCACCCUGCUGGAGCGGGUGCACGCCCUGGACCCCCGCUUCCUCGUGGACUACUCCCGGGACCUGGAGGCCUUCCAGUUUGCCCUGCGCUCCUCGGAGGGCCCGCUGGACGUGGAGGUGCCCCUGUGGGUGGACGCCGAGGCCCUGGUGAUUGAGGAGAUGGGGGCUGCUGAAGCAGGGGGCGGCCUGGGGUGCUGCCGCCUGGGCCUCCCCAAGGAAGCGGCCGGCGUGGAGCGCUGGAAGGCGGACGACGUCUUCGAGGCCUCCCCGGAGGGCAGCGCCGGGUGCUGUGGCCACAUCGUGCCCAGCAAGGUCCUGCGGGUCCUCAAGGACCUGCUGGUGGCGGCCGUCGUGUACUGCAAGCACCACGGCCUCAUCACGCCAGGCUCCCUGAGCGCAGACAGCCUGAGGGAGGAGCAGCUCGGCCUGUCCCUGCGGGUGUCCAGUGGCUGGAGGACGCUCCACUUCAACGUGGUGCCCGUGGUGCGGAAGAGGCUCAGGGUGCCCGCCCUGGAGGGGGCCCAGCUGGUGCCAGGGUUUCCUGAGGGUGCCCUGCGAGGGAUCGUCCGCCAGGAGGUGGCCCUGGUGCCGGCCGGCGCUGAGCUCUGGAGGGUCUCCACUGACUACCUGCUCACCAGGCUGCUGGGGGCGCUGGGCUCCCUCCAGGGCCACCGCCUAGACAGCCUGUCCAUCCUUGACCGGGUCAACCAUGAGAGCUGGCGGGACGGCGGCCGGAGCCCAGGCCUGACCUUUGGCCACUUGAAGAUGGUGCUGCUGUGGGCUGCCACGCUCUUCCCCGCGCCCGAGGACUGGGCAGAGCUUCAGGGCGCCGUGUACCGCCCCCUGGUGGUGCUGCUCUGCUGCCUGGCCACCAGGAACCUGCCGCACUUCCUGCACCCCGAGCGGAACCUGCUGCAGGACGCGGGCCUGGACCUGGGCGCCCUCUACAAGCGCGUCGAGCGCUUCGCCAGCCAGCCCGAGGCCGCCCUGCGCAUCCACGCCACCCACCUGGGCCGCAGCCCCCCGCCGCGCGUGGGCAGCGGGCUCCGGGCGCUCCUGCAGCUGCCCGCCAGCGAGCCUGCCUACUGGGCCACUGCCUACUUCGAUGUCCUGCUGGACAAGGUGGGCGCAAAGGCUGGGGCCCGGCAGGUGUGGGGUCACGUUUCAGGCCUUCAACAUCCAGGACGAGCAGCGGGUGUCGGCCAUGCAGAGCGUCUUCCUGAAGACCAAGACCCUGGGUGCCGAGGAGCGCUGAGCGGGACACCCGGGUCACUGCCCUCUGCCGGCGGCACCGCCCACAGAGGCUCUGGGAAAGUUUGGAGGAGGGAACGGGCUUCGCCUGGAGUGGAUUUGGGGGUGGAGGGCCUUGUCCCCAGGGCCCACCCGCGCCUGUCCAGGGGCAGCCCCGUGGGCGUCUGAGUGUGCUGGACAGUGGGUCUCGGAGGCCCCGGGGUGAAGGUGCUGUGCACUCCGUGUGUCGAGCCCAACGUGUGAUGUCAUCAAGGCCGAAAGCUGAGAGUCCUCGGGGGACCAGGAGCUCGUCGCACCUGCUGCUCAGGGGGCGGGGCCUUGAAUCUGCCCGAGCACUGCUUGUGCCUACGAGGGCUGGGACUGCCUGCUUUCCAGACACUCGAAGUGGACAAGCUUGUGUGCAUACACCCUUCUCUGUCCCUGUGAACGACCCCUGCCCGCCCCCAGUGCUCACCUGCUCGUUCAUGAGGGAGCCACCCGCAGACCCCCGCCAGCGGCACCGUGGCAGAGGCACCCCUGCCGUGUGCGGGGGCUUCUCCCGGCAGGUGGCGCGCCCAUCCCUGCCCGUCUCAGCUCUCUGCUGUUUCCACCUCCCGUCAGCGCACUGCCGGCAGCCUGUAGCCCCUCCCCCCGCAGGGCUGCCCACCCUCUGGGUGCCCCGGCCAGCAGACAUUCUGCAGUCUUCACUCUGCCUCCGAGCGACGUGACUCCUAAGUUCUGAGCCACAGCCCACGCCCCAGGUUCUGAGAAGGUGGCUGCAAACCCCAGUGAGUCCAUGUGGCAGCCACCUCCCUGGACCUCCUCAGUAAAGUGGUCACAUGCACUCUGCGGAGGGGAUACGUGGGCCUCUCUGAAGGCCUUGGGACCCGGGGCCUGAGCUGACGCUAAUGGGAGGGGACACGGAAUGCCCCCAGGCCCACCCCGCGCCCUGCCGUGAGGCGGGCAGCUGCAGAAGGUGUUAGCUUGGUCCAACCUGAUUCGUGAGGGGUGCGGUGUCCCGGCCCACCCGGUGUCAUUUCAAUGAUGUUGAGGUGGACGCAGGGAGCUGUACUUAGCAGGGGUAAGAGCUACAGCUGCAGGAAAGACCAAGGGGAAGACAUAACCACCGACUGCCACGGCCAAGAGUCCGGCAGAACAUCCCGAAGGCCGGUGUCAGGACUCAGCGCCACCGUCAGAGACCCGGGCUCACAGGAUGACCUCAGCGCAGACGUCAAAAUGAGGCUCUGAGAAUGGGGGCUCCACACACCUGCGGGGCAGGGGGUGUCUGGGAAACCUCUGCACCUUCCUCUCACUUUUGCUGCGAACCUAGAACUGCUCUAGAAAGGGGUCUAAAGACAAAUUAGAAAAUAAAAAUCUCCGUUGGAUCAUGGUGAACGGCAGGGGAUUACAUAAACAGAGCCAGGUCACACGCGGCAAGCCAGGUGCUGCGCUGUGGCUCCCUUCAGCGGGGCCGACGGCACGGCCUUGGGGUCUGGUGCCCACCUAGCGGGGACUGCCCCGUUUUCAACCCCACUAGGGAGGGAGCUCACGGCAGCCUGCGGUCACGUGGGACAGGCGCCGGUGUCGCAUGGCAUUGCCCCAGACUGGCGCUCACCCCCUGCGUGUGCCCCAACGUAAGCCUGAUGGAGCUUCAUCGUCCGAACGACCUGCAGGAAGUCUCGCGGGUUCACUGUGUGGUGACGUCCCGCGAAUAUACCUGGGGGCAGAGGCUUGCAGUUCUGUGCAUGCUUGCUGGGGGCCUUCACUCCAAAGGGCGGGGAAGUGACACUGGGCGAGAUGCGGGUGAGGCCUCUACACUGAAAACUAAGUACAGUUUUUAGAGACCUACAUUAACCUUCAUGAAUGGGAGUUUGUAAUUUUUUAAUGUUUCCAUUCAUCUUGGUACAUUUUUUGUUGUUCAGUCG